ACAAAACAAUCUCUGUGUUUUCUACUUCUCUCUUUUGUUUGUGAAAUCGUGAAAACAACAUAAUGGGUGGCGUAAAGAGAAAGAUUCCGAUAGAGAUGAUAGGGAAAAAAGAUUCACGCGCAGUAGCAUUCUCCAAACGCACAAAAGGUCUUUAUAGUGAAGCGGCUGAGAUUUGCCUGCACGCCGAUGCACAAAUUGCGAUCUUGGCAACUCCCGUUUCUUCCAAUUCCAAUGUUUCUUUCUACAGCUUUGGUCAUUCAUCCGUGGAUAACGUUGUUGCCGCAUUCCUCGCUAACAAGCGUCCUCGGGAAGAUCUAGGGUUAGGGUUAGGGUUCUGGUGGGAGGAUGAGAGGCUUGCAAAAUCAGAGGAUCCGGAGGAACUGAGAGACGCGAUGAACUCAAUGUCGAAGAUGUUGCAAUAUCUGAAAGAGUUGCGACGAGAUUGUGAGGACGUGGAGAAGAAGGGUUUAGUAGACAAAACUCAUCAAAACCAUACUCUUAAUCCUGAAUCUUGUUGCGACAACAAGAACAACUAUGCUUUGCUUGGAAACGUGGAGGAUGGAUGCAAUCAAGAGUUGUUGGACAUUGAUCAAAUCAUUAAUUUUGAGUCGACAAGUUCAUCAGUGAAUUCAGAGUUGGAAAACAUCUCGAUGGUGACACCAAAUCAAAACUCGUUCUCUGACUCUAAAGCUAUUGUAGAUGAAGAAUUGGUGGUUCACACUGAUUUGUAUGAUGAUAUUAUCCACUUGUCCAAUUUAGAUGAAGAUGUGAUGCUACCGAUUUCUGACAACAACAACAACAACAACAACAACAAUGUUUUAUCUGAAAACUUUGAUGAAUUCAUUCAAGAGCUGGAUCUUGAUCAGAUCUUUGAUUUUGAGACAAAUUAUAUGCAGAGCUUGGAGAUGGAUGGUGUCUCGAUGGUGACUACGAAUUCUGAAACAGUUGGACAUGGAGGAUUACUGACUCACAUAGAUUUGGAUGAGGAUAAUCUAUGCUUUUCUGAUUAUUUCAAUGAAUUAACCUCCCCUGAUCCAAUCUGAAAACUCCCUCCAAGAUAUAUAUAUAUAUACAACAACAAGUUAAAGAUUCUAUUCUCAACUCUCAAGGAAGAAGGGUCCGGUUUGACUUUAUUAAUUCAUGAUUGCACCAUCUUUUUUUGUAUAUUUGGAGUACAUUUUAUCAACUUUCUUAAAAAAACAG